AUGCAAAAUUCAAACCAACACAUUAACAUUUCAAAGCCGCUAGCAACCAUUGAGAAGUUUAACAAGACAGCAGUUGAGGUUCAGUCAAAUACUCGUCAAUUAGACAAGACACCAACACAGAGACUGCUGCAGGUGAUUGGGAAAGAUAUGAGAAUUAUAGUCUUUGGUUUUAGGCCUCGUACGAAACAGAGACGUGCAAUAUAUGAUGCACUACUGAAGUGUACAAAGCCAACAAUAUUAUGGGAUCUUUAUGCUUUUAUGGUCGGGCCUUCCAGUUUUCAGAACACUUCUUCGUUGGUGCGCUUAUUAGAUGAAUAUUUUCGACUUAUUGGCAAAGUUUCACAUCAUGCUUCAAUGGACAUGACUGAAAGUGGGUCCUUCACCUUGUCAAAUGACUUAUGGAGAAUAAGUGGUGUGAAUUCCAGUUAUACAAUGUGCCAGAAUUAUCCAUUUGCUUUGGUUGUUCCAAAGAGCAUUAGUGAUGAUGAAGUGCUCCAGGCUUGCAAAUUCCGUGCAAGAUGCCGACUGCCUGUAAUUUCUUGGUGUCAUCCUGUUACUGGCGCAGCUCUUGCACGUUCUUCCCAGCCUUUAGUUGGUCUCAUGAGGAAUAUGAGGAGCAACAUGGAUGAAAAACUUGUGGCUGCACUUUGCAGCAACCUUGAUGGCAAGGAGAAAGCUAUAUAUCACUGAUGCGAGACCAAGGAA